AUGGAUCAGGUUCACGCUCCUAUGGACUCCGCCGACGGGGCCGCCUUGGUCGACCCGGAAAAAGUGACAAUCUUACCUGGUGAUAAAUACGACGCCAUGACUUUUUCUCUGAAGGAGGAGGACCACACUCUUGGCAACUCAUUGCGAUACAUAAUCAUGAAGAAUCCUGAUGUCGAAUUCUGUGGCUAUUCGCUCCCGCACCCAUCCGAGCCCAAACUGCACCUACGAAUCCAGAUGUACGACAACAAGUCCGCCGCAGCAGCAUUAGCAAAAGGGCUCGACGACCUCGAACAACUCAUCCUAGUCCUCUCCGAACGCUAUCGUGCCGAACUCGAACGGGGCAAGUUCGAGCGCUUCGAAGAACCGACUGUUGAUGAGCGUCUCGACGAUAUCAAACGGCGGAAAUACCCUCACCUCUUGGUCGACCCUUCUGGCGAUGUCUCCAUGAAUUCGAAGUUACAUAAGAAAAAUCAGGGUGCUUCAAUCACUGGCGGGAUAUGCCAAUGGCACAAGCUUUCCAGAAAAGCUGCCUGGCACAAAGUUGUUCAACAGAUCCUGGCCGCUGUCGUGCCCAUGAGCCAGGCCUAA